AUGGAGCGUCUGAAGUUAGUUCUGCAGUAUUUCCAGUCCAACUCUGAGUCCAUCUCCAAUGGCAUCUGUAUCAUCUUGGCAUUGGUCAGCGUCAAGCUCUACACCAGCUUUGACUUCAACUGCCCAUGCCUUCCUCAGUACAACAAACUGUAUUCUCUGGGAGUGAUGAUCGUCCCACCCAUCAUACUGUUCUUUUUGGGGGUCCUGGUCAAUCGACAUACAGGCGUCAUGAUGGAUGAGUGGAUGAGACCGGUUGGAAAAAGAUCCAAAAAUCCUGCUGUGGUUAAGUAUCUGUUCUCAGCCAUGAUCCAGAGGGCCCUGCUGGCACCGAUGGUGUGGAUCCUGGUCACUUUGCUGGAUGGAAAGAUCUUCAUCUGUGCCUUCAGUGUGAGUGUUGACCCUGCACUCUUUUCAGGUUUGCCCAACAACACAGGACUAGAUGUGAUCAAAAUCAUGGCAAAAAUACCGUGUAAGGAGGACAUCAUCUUCAGUAAUAGCUCUUUCCGUAAAGCAGUCUCUCGUUAUGUUCGCUGCUACUCACAAGCGGUUGGCUGGUCCAUCCUCCUUUUGCUGAUUGUACUCGGAGCACUGGGACGCCUCAUCAAGCCCUGUUUCGAUGACCACUCCACCUUCCUGCAAACGCGCUACUGGAGCAACUACCUCGAUGUGGAGCAGAAGGUCUUUGACGAAACCUGCAUCCUCCAUGCUCGAGACUUUGCCCGAAAAUGUGUGGUGCAGUUCUUUGAGGACAUGACGGAGGACACCAUACUCCAUAUCCCCCAUCCACCCUUUAUCAGGCACUCCAAAGAGGAGUGGGAAGAGGAGGAGGAGGAGAGACUUCAUGGUAUAACAAAGGAAGAGCAGGUGGACCAGCUGUUCACCAAGUGGUACUACAGUAAACCUGAACUGGAUGUGACCAGGAUCGCCCACAGACCCAGAAUGUGUGUUACCUGGGAGAACCAUGAGGGGAAGACUUUGUAUUCGGAUGUCUAG